AUGGAUACGACACAUGAUAUGCCCCUAAGUGAGGGGCCCUCGUCCACAAGGCCUCGAGACAAGGACACUAGUGGACUGAGUCCCAAGAGGCAGCGGCCUCGGUACUCCUACCUGAAGUGCGUGCGCUGUAGGAGGGAUAAGAAAAAGUGUGAGCCAACAGGUCGACGUGCCGGCGAGAAAUGCCUUCGUUGCUCGGAAAAAGGCUUUGACUGCUCGGAAAGCCAGAAGUCAGCAUCGGGCAAGGCACCCAAGACACGACUACCCAUCCAGGUUGAUCUUCAGACUGGCGAUGAGAAAUCUCUCGUCACUCAUUGCUGCAAAGGGCUCGCCUGGUUAAGGAUGCUCCGACUUGUUGAGUCCGCUGCGUUUCGCAUUGACGAGUCUCUGCAACUACGAAGACGUCAUAUAUCACUCAAACAGGGUGCUGUAAAUUCGAAAGUACUCUACGAGCUCGCAGAAGCUAGGGAAAUAGUCGAAGCUCUCGUUCUAAAGAAACUUCAGUCAAUGAAGCGUCCAUUUUCAAGCGACACUCAAAUCACUUUGUUCCGAGCGGCUACCCAAGCAAUGCAGAGAAAUUCACGAGCAACCUCACCGCUGGUCAGAGACUUUGAGCGAUCGCUGUUUCGCGACCUCAGAGAGCCUUCACUUGAAGACGUCUUACUUGACCCAGGAAACCUGCCCUCCGCAAUCGAAGCUCAACUGGCGCUAUUGGAAGGUUAA